AUGCAAACCCGUGUUAUUGACACCAUAAGGAUCCCCACUUGGAACAUAGGGUCCCUAACUGGACGAAGUAGUGAGCUGAGCGAAAUCCUUAAGAGAAGAAACAAUUAUGCUUGUUGCGUUCAGAAGACAAAGUGGAAGGGUUCGAGGUCGAAAGAUAUUGGAUUGGGAUACAAACUUAUAUACCAAGGUGUAGAUGCGAAGCGAAAUGGCGUGGCCAUCAUACUGACCGACACCCUUAAAGACAGACUCAUAAACGUUGAAAGAAAAUCGGAUCGUCUCAUUGCCGUCAAAAUUGCACUUGAUGACCAACCACCGAUUAAUAUCUGCAUAUGCCCCGCAAACAGGCUGUACCUCAGAGGAAAAUACCGCCUUCUGGGAGGAUUUUGA